UCCUUCUCCCUGCCGCCUGCUAACCUCCCUGCAGCAGGGGAUGCUGACAUCUGCUUGCUCCUCUGCCAGGUCUUCAGGCAAGGGUCUGGCUGCUGUGGCCCUCCCCCUGCCAGCGGGCAGGCCCUGCCCUGCUGCCUCCAGGAUGGCGAGGUGGCUGCCGCGCUCUACCGACCUGGCUCGCUUCUUCCAGAAGCUCAACCGGGUCAAGACCUUGGAGGACGACAUGAUGGAGACGUCCUUCAACAGGUGCCUCUCCACCAUCGAUCUGACGCUGCUGGGCAUCGGGGGCAUGGUGGGCUCGGGGCUCUACGUCCUCACGGGCACCGUGGCCAAGGAGAUCGCUGGCCCUGCCGUCAUCCUCUCCUUCAUCAUCGCUGGCUUUGCCUCACUGCUGGCCGCCCUCUGCUACGCCGAGUUCGGGGCUCGGGUGCCCAAGACAGGCUCUGCCUACAUGUUCACCUACGUCUCCGUGGGUGAGAUCUGGGCCUUCCUCAUUGGCUGGAACGUGCUGCUGGAGUACAUGAUCGGGGGAGCCGCAGUGGCCAGGGCCUGGAGCGGCUACCUGGACUCCAUCUUCAACCACAAGAUAAAGAACUUCACUGAGGCCCACAUGGGUGCCUGGCAGGUGCCGUUCCUGGCCCGCUACCCUGACUUCCUGGCCGCUGCCAUCCUGCUGGUGGCCACCGCUUUCAUCUCCUUCGGGGCCAAAGUGUCCUCCUGGCUCAACCAUGUCUUCUCGGCCAUCAGCAUGGGCAUCAUCCUCUUCAUCCUCAUCAUGGGCUUCGUCCUUGCGCAGCCCAAGAACUGGAGCACCCAGGAGGGUGGCUUUGCCCCCUACGGGCUCUCGGGUGUCAUGGCUGGCACGGCCACCUGCUUCUACGCCUUUGUGGGCUUCGACGUCAUCGCAGCCUCCAGUGAAGAGGCCAGGAACCCUCAGAGGGCUGUCCCCAGGGCCAUCGCUUUCUCCUUGGGGCUGGCCACUGGGGCGUACAUCCUGGUGUCGGUGGUGCUGACCUUGAUGGUGCCAUGGCACUCGCUGGACCCUGACUCUGCCCUGGCAGACGCCUUUUACAGGAGAGGCUACACCUGGGCAGGCUUCCUGGUGGCUGCUGGCUCCAUCUGUGCCAUGAACACAGUCCUGCUGAGCAACCUCUUCUCCUUGCCCCGCAUCGUCUAUGCCAUGGCCGAAGAUGGGCUCUUCUUCCAGGUCUUCUCCCGAGUGCACCCCCGCACGCAGGUGCCAGUCGUUGGCAUCGUGGUCUUCGGGCUGCUCAUGGCCCUGCUGGCCCUGGUCUUCGACUUGGAGGCCCUGGUGCAGUUCCUGUCCAUCGGCACGCUGCUGGCCUACACCUUUGUGGCCGCCAGCAUCAUCGUCCUGCGCUUUCAGCAGCAGAAAGUGGUUGGCCCAGCCCCGGUGGCCAGUGGCCGGCCCGGCGCUGAGCCCCACGAGAGUCCAGCUGCCGGGGAGCUGAAGGAGUAUGAGUCCUUCUCUGACAAACUCCAGCUGGUGGACAGGGACAAGAGCAAAGAGCAUCGGGAGCCGGGGCAGCUGAAGGCAGCUUUUGAGCCCUACCUGGAGUUCCUCAGCGACUUCUACCCGGGGGAGGUGGUCACAGUGGCUGUGGUGACCCUAAUGGUGUCUGCCAUCUGCCUCUGCUCCGUCUUGGUGUUCGGCAACACCCACCUCCACCUGCCCACCUGGAGCUACUCCCUGCUGCUGGUCCUCUUCAGCCUGGGCUUCUUCCUCAGCCUCCUCCUCAUCUGGGCACACGAGCAGCAGCGCAGCACACAGACCUUCCAGAUCCCCCUGGUGCCCCUCUCCCCGGCACUAAGCAUCGUCCUCAACAUCUAUCUGAUGCUGAAGCUCAGCUACAUGACCUGGCUCCGCUUUGCCAUCUGGCUCCUCUUAGGCCUGUUGGUCUACUUUGGCUACGGCAUCCGGCACAGCAAGGAGAACCUGCGGGAGCCGCGGGCGCAGCGCCUCAGCGCCCGCUACGUGGUGUUCCCCAGCGGCAGCCUGGAGGAGAGGGUCCAGGCCGUCCAGCCCAGCGCCGAGCCUGCCACCCACACCGAGCUGCCAGACACCCACACCGAGGAGGACGGCAAGAGAUGA